GCUUCGCUUCCGGUGGCGCUCCGAGUGACGUAGCAAGCGCGCCGAGCCGCAUGGACCCGGGGACGGUCCGUGCGGCGGAUGGAGGGUGUGGAAUCACUUAUUAGGAGUCUUAACUCUCUGCCACCAGGACAUCAUGGCAGUUCGCCUAGUGAAGCGAUGCACGUGCCUCCUGAGAGAAGCUGCCCAUUUGGCCCCUGCUAUGGCUCCAACUGGCAGACUAAGACUUGCUAGGGUAGCCCACAAGACUCUGACUUCUUCAGCCACCUCACCCAGUUCCCACUUCUCAGGUUCCUUGACAGAGCUAGUGGAGAAGGAAGUGUUUACUCCCUACCCAGAGAAACAAGAGGUAGACCAGCUUAUUGAGAAGGCCACCAGCCCAGAGGAGCUCCUGGAGCUACUUGGUAGUGGUCACCACUUACACCACAACCAUGCAGCCCUCAUAGUCAUACAACUCUCCCGACUGCUGUCUGAAAAGCCAGAAGACAAGGCCUCACUCAUACAGGAUGCCCGCUUUCAGAAACUUCUCCAUCUGGCCAACAGUCAGAUAACUUCGGUCUGGCAUGGGACCCUUGUGAAGCUGCUGCGGAGCCUGUAUGCUCUGGCGCUCCCCAGGGACUCCAAGGUGCUGCAGUCAGUAGAGCAGGAGAUCCGCUGGCGCAUGCGGAGGCUCAGUUAUAAGCACUUGGCCUUCCUGGCAGAGUCCUGUGCCACCUCCAUGCAGAAGGAGUACUCUCAGGAGCUGCUGGCUGAGCUGCUCAUGCACCUGGAGAGGCGCUGGACGGAAAUUGAAGAUGCCCGCACACUGGUGGCCAUCAUGAUGAAGGUGGGGCACCUCUCGGAGUCACUGAUGAACCGCCUGGAAGACAAGUGCCUGGAGUUGGUGGAGCAGUUUGGCCCCAAUGAGCUGAGGAAGGUGCUGGUGACGCUGGCAGCUCAGAGCCGGCGGUCUGUGCCCCUGCUGCGGGCCAUCUCCUACCACCUUGUGCAGAAGCCCUUCCCUCUGACAAAAAGUGUGCUCUUGGACCUGGCCUACGCCUAUGGCAAGCUCAGCUUUCACCAGACCCAAGUGUCCCAGCGCCUGGCUGCUGACCUGCUGUCUCUCAUGCCCAGCCUGACACCCAGUGAGGUGGCCCACUGCGCCAAGUCCUUUGCCUUCCUCAAGUGGCUGCACCUGCCUCUGUUUGAGGCCUUUGCCCAGCACAUCCUGAACAGAGCCCAGGACACCAUCCUGCCCCACCUGUGCAACAUGCUGCUGGCUUUUGCCCGUCUGAACUUCCACCCAGAACAAGAGGAUCAGUUCUUCAGCCUGGUGCACGAGAAGGUGGGGUCAGCGCUGACAGGCCUGGAACCAGCCCUGCAGGUGGACGUGGUGUGGGCCCUGUGUGUGCUGCAGCAGGCAAGGGAAGAGGACCUGCGAGCCGUCCUCUGCCCUGAAUUUCACACCCAAUUUUUAGGGGGUGAGUCUCCGAAGGAUCAGAGCACCUUUCAGAAGCUGCUCCACAUCAACGCCACUGCCCAGCUGGAGCACCCCGAGUACACGGGUCCUUUUCUGCCGGCCUCAGCUGUGGCCCCAAGGCCCUCAGUCGUUGAUAAGAAGGUGACGCCCCUGCAGAAGGAGCUGCAGGAGAGUCUGAAGGGGCUGCUGGGGAGCACCGACAGGGGCAGCCUCGAGGUGGCCACGCAGUACGGCUGGGUGCUGGAUGCUGAGGUACUGUUGGAUGCGGAUGGCCAGUUUCUGCCCCUGAGGGACUUCGUGGCGCCUCACCUUGCCCAGCCAGCGGGAAGCCAACCGCUGCCCCCAGGGGCUAAGAGGCUAGCUUUCCUGCGGUGGGAGUUCCCCAACUUCAACAGCCGAAGCAAGGACCUGCUGGGUCGCUUUGUCCUGGCCCGGCGACAUGUGCUGGCUGCAGGCUUCCUGGUGGUGGAUGUCCCAUAUUAUGAGUGGCUGGAACUCAAGUCUGAAUGGCAGAAAGCAGCCUACCUCAAGGACAAGAUACGCAAAGCAGUGGCGGAGGAGCUGGCCAAGUGACCUGCGCCAGCAGCGUGGACUGCAUGGCCAGGGGGCUGACUCUCUGCCCGAAGGCCUACCCAUGGGCACUGGGCAGGCAAGAGGUGUCACCCUUGAGGGCAGACCUUCUCAGUGCAGGACCUUGGCCACAAUGGGGAGGGUGUCCAGCAGCUCCAAGGGACAGAGCAUCCUCUUCUGGGUAAUAAAUCUGUAAUUUUGGUGUUGGACACCAGGAGGCUUCCUGGGCUUUGUCACCCCACCCCUUGCUCUCACCCUCCCGUUCAUAGGCACUGGGGAGUGGGUGUGGUUCUCCAUGGCUCUGCCCUGUGCACUCCCCUGCCCCUCAGCAGAAGAGGGCUGGCUUUAGGAACAGACCCAGAUCUUCAACUGCGAGUCUCUCCCAGUUUCUACCUGCCCCGGGGACCCUUCCCAUCUGCCAUCCUGGGGGGCUCCCUCCCAUCUGUCAUCUUGCACCUAGAUAGAUGGAAGGGACCCUGACAGCCUGGAGCGACAAGCGAUAUGAGAGCUGGGAGGGCACUUGGGACGCUCUGGGAGAGGAGAAAAUCCCACUCGGCGGACACUGCAGGCCAGAGCUAGACCCCAGCCCUGACCUUGUCACCCUAACCAAUGCCUUGUGCUGCCAUCGCAAGAACCAUCUGCCCGGAUGGGGCCCUGGAGGCCUCUUUGCCGCUGCAGGGGCUGUCAGAUGCUAGAAGACAACGGGGUUUCUACCUUCCAGCCUCUUGUUAGAGAUUCCCAUCGGCAGAACCUGCCUAAAAGGGAGUCGGGGAGCUGUGGGUCACCUGCAGUGCCAGGUAGAGGGGGUGCAGUUGGGGUCGGUGUGAGCAGAGGAGCCGCUGCCCUCUUGCCACCCCAAGCCACUCCCUCACAAAGGGUGAGCCUAGGCCCUCCUCUGUUUGAAGCCUGUCCACUCUUCCAAGCAUUCGGGUAGUUUUGUGCCAGGUGUGCUGGGAGCCUUCAUGCACAGGUGAGCACAGUCCUUGUCAUUUGCACAGGCAACAGCCUUGCUCAUGCCUGUUACCACAGCUGACUGACCCUAAACCAGCGCAAGGGGAAAGAGCAGCCAGUGAUGGCUUCGGAAGGAGGAAAGAGCAUCCUGAAGUGAAGGGACAGUAAGGACAAGUCCCUGGGGUGUGGCAGCACAGGGUCUGUGGGGACAAGGCCAAGGAACUGCAAGAGCCAGUUGGGGAGGGCUAGGUGUGUUCCUGAGGAAAUAAAAGCUCAUCCUGUGCACGA